GGAGGGUCUGACAGUUGGCGCGGCGGGCUAGGAGGGCGGGCAGCGCGUGUGGGCGCGGGCUCGGAGGGUCAGAAAGUGAUCACUGGAGAUGGGCUUUUAAUGGAGGAAAGAGGCAAUUGAGUCCAGCCGGGGGACUUCUGCCGCUGUAGGGAGAGGAUACCAGUUCUCAAAGGCUUCUGAGUUGCUGGUGGCCUUGUCUUUGUCCAGUGGCAAAAUCCAGAAGACAGAGUAGAUCUUAGGAGUCCAGUACGGGGGCAGAGUGAUGUCUGUGGUCUUUAUCAUCAACAAGAGAUGCAACAGCAGCCAGAGAAGGCUCUCGGAAGCAGCACCAGGGCCCGGGGAGACAAUGGUCUCAGUGACUAUGGCCACUUCUGAGUGGAUCCAGUUCUUUAAGGAAGCCGGCAUUCCUCCAGGGCCUGCUGUCAAUUACGCGGUGAUGUUUGUGGAUAAUAGGAUCCAGAAGAGCAUGCUGCUGGAUCUCAACAAAGAGAUCAUGAAUGAGCUGGGCGUGACUGUGGUGGGCGACAUCAUUGCCAUCCUCAAGCAUGCCAAGGUGGUGCACCGCCAGGACAUGUGCAAAGCUGCCACUGAGUCCGUGCCCUGCAGCCCCAGCCCCCUCCCUGGCGAGAUCCGCCGAGGUGCCUCUAGCGCUGCCUCUCGAAUGAUCGCCAACAGCCUGAACCGCGACUCCCCUCCCGGCACUCCCCCCAGGCGGCCGGACACCAGCACCUCCAAGAUCUCGGUCACUGUGUCCAACAAGAUGGCAGCAAAGAGCGCCAAGGCUGCCGCCCUGGCCCGCCGGGAGGAGGAGAGUCUGGCUGUUCCCACCAAGCGGCGCCGGGUCACUGCUGAGAUGGAGGGGAAGUACAUCAUCAACAUGCCCAAAGGCACCACCCCCCGGACCCGCAAGAUCCUGGAGCAGCAGCAGGCAGCAAAAGGUCUCCAGAGGACAUCUGUGUUUGACCGCCUCGGUGCCGAGACCAAGGCAGACACGACGACGGGGAAUAAACCCACAGGAGUCUUCAGCCGCCUCGGGGCUACCCCAGAGACGGACGAGGAUCUGGCUUGGGACAGCGACAAUGACAGCAGCAGCUCUGUCCUGCAGUAUGCUGGGGUCCUGAAGAAGCUGGGCCGGGGCCCGGUGAAGCCCAGUCCCCAGCCAGCACUGACUAUCAAAGCCAAGGCCACAAGCUCGGCCACGACAGCUGCCACGCCAACACUGCGGCGCUUGGCCCUUUCCUCACGCCCUGGGCUUGAGAGGAAGCCGGAGUCCCUGUCCAAAGUCAGCAUCAUCCAGAGACUGGGCAAGGCUGCCCUUGUGCCCGAGGCCCAGGACAGCCAGGUCACAAGCACCAAGAGUAAGUCCUUGGCUGAGGUCAAGGUCACCAUUAAGAGGACUCUUGUGGGGCCCCGGGGGAGCAGCUCCAGUGAGGGCCUGGGUGCCCAGAUGGACCAUGCAGGCACAGUGAGCGUGUUCAAAAGACUGGGCCGCAGGACCUUCUAGCCUCUGGGCGGGGCCCAGGCCCCUCUCCACACUCCUGGCUCCAGCGGCGGAGGCUCCCGUGAGGCUGCGCCCGGCCCUCUGCUGGCUCCCCCUGCUGGCUCCCGGAUGACACUGCUUGUCUCCCUCAGGCAUUCGAGCCGGCCCAAGCUUUCUGGGAAUUCACCCCAGUGUUCUGAGACCGAGAUGGUCGCUGUGGCCAGGCCUUGCUGCUCUAGGACUUUCCUUUUUCAUGUCCUUUGCUCUCUCCUCUCUGACUGUGGCCUUUGGCAGGACCCACUUUUCUACCGCACCCAGAGCCAAGCGCUCUUUUCCCACCUCCGUUCCCCCUCCUGCCCCCUGGCAGCAUCUGCUGUGUCCACCCCAGCUCCCCAGCCUUCCCAUUCCCCAGAGUCCCCCCACCUUGCCCAUAUCCCGACUUCCCCUCUGCCCCCUCUGUCCCCUCUGCCCGCUCCUUUAACUUCUCUGUCUCUCCCUCUCUUCACACUGUUCAUUUCUCUUCUGUUUUCUGUCCCUGUGGCAAGGCCCGACUGUGCGCUGCGUCCUGCCUGACCCUCCUGCGCCUCCAGCCUCCCAGCGGCCCCCUCGUCGGCGGUGGCGUCGAGCCUGUAG